CCACGACUUGUUACGUCUGCAAAUUUCAAGAGGUCAGACUCAGAACCCCCCCCCCCCCCCCCCCCCCCCGGGCUGCCUGCUUUCUAGCUACUUAUCAAGGGAGGCACAUCGAUCGGCACAUCAUCUCUCGCUCUACACUACACUACUUCGGCGAGCUACACAGACUACACGGCCGGCGCAGAGUAGAGCAGGCUGUGUACUAGCUAGCGAGUUAAAGCAGCUAGCAGGCUGAUCAUUAAGCGGCGCCAGCGAUGGCGAAGGUCGCCGCGGAGGCCGCGGGCCGGCAGGCGGCGUCCUUCGUGCUCGGCUGCGUCACCGCGCUGACAGUGGUCGUGCUCAUCCUGCAGCGCCGCCCCGAGGAGCUCACCCGCCCCAGGGCGCCGGUGCAAUUCUUCGCCGGCUCCAGGUCGGAGUCGUCACCAUCAUCAGGACGACGCGGCGGGGCAUCAUCUUCCGGAUCCUCGUCGUCGUCGACGCCGGCAGGUCAGACGACGGCGAUCGUCGCAGCUGAUGAUGGCCAACCGCAGGCAGCCGAUCCCGUGCAGGCCAACGCCACAAAGCUGAAGCCUGCAGCUGCUGGCGCAGGAGGCGCUACCACUGCUGCUGCGGCCGCCGAUGAUCUACGCCGCGUUCCGGCCACUCCCGCACAUCGCCAACAAGAGGGCGAGGCCGCGGACGACGACGCCGAGUUCCCGGGCCUGGCCGCCGUGGUGGCGCGCGCGGCGACGGCGGACGACCGGACGGUGAUCAUCACGUGCGUGAACCACGCGUGGGCGGCGCCGGGGUCGCUGCUGGACCUCUUCCUGGAGAGCUUCCGCGUGGGCGACGGCAUCGCGGAGCUGCUGGGCCACGUCCUCAUCGUGGCCAUGGACCCGACGGCCAUGGCCCGCUGCCGCGCCCUGCACCCGCACUGCUACCUCUACACCAUGCCCGGCGUCGACUUCGCCUCCGCCAAGUUCUUCCUCUCCAAGGAGUACCUCGAGCUCGUCUGGAGCAAGCUCAAGCUCCAGCGCCGGGUGCUCCAGCUCGGAUACAACUUCCUCUUCACCGACGUUGACAUCCUGUGGUUCCGGAACCCGUUCAAGCACGUGACGGCGUACGCGGACAUGAGCAUCUCCAGCGACGUCUUCUUCGGCGACCCGGACAACAUCGACAACUUCCCCAACACUGGCUUCUUCCACGUGCGGCCCAACAACCGGACGAUCGCCAUGACCAGGGCGUGGCACGAGGCGAGGGAGAGGUACCCGGGCAGGAACGAGCAGCCGGUGUUCAACGCCAUCAAGAAGGAGCUCGUCAGGGACCUCCGGCUGCGGGUGCAGUACAUGGACCCGGCCUUCAUGGGCGGAUUCUGCAGCUACGGCAAGGACCUCCGCAGGAUCUGCACCAUGCACGCCAACUGCUGCGUCGGGCUGGCCAACAAGCUCAGGGACCUCGGGACCCUGCUCCAAGACUGGAGGAACUACACCGCCAUGCCGCACUGGGCCAAGCAACACGCCAAGUGGACAGUCCCGGGAGCCUGCAUCCACUGAUGAUCAUGCACACCGGGGCUUUUGGAUUAUUGAUGGAUUAUUUGUUUUAGUUUUGUUUCGGAUAGAUUUGCACUGUUGGAUAUAUACCAAAAGAGUUAUUUUGCUGCCCUUUAUAAUUACUUUGUAUAAUAACCACCAAAAUACAUACCCGUACACUUACUAUACUGCUAGUACUGUGUCUUGGAUACUAGAUAUAUACCAGACAUUCAGACAAGGUGGCAAAGUCGGGUUUGUUGGAUACCAGAAGAGUAGUCAGUCCUUUACUACUGUAUAUCAGAAAAAUAUAUAUCUGUAAACUUAUAUAUUACUCUUAUGAUGAAUAGCGUGCCUUCUGUGUA